AAGUUUUUCAGUGGAAGCUUGAAGGUAGUAGGCGCAAAACAGGACCUGCCGUGCAGUCAUCUCUGAGUAGAUGUUACAGCUGCAACAAACCGGGGAUUUAUCAGACAUGAGUGCGUUUUCAAGCUGCGGGAAACUACAACACAUAGUUUUUUCAAUGCUUUACCACCAGCGAAGUUUCCUGGAUAAUUAACUGUGCUGGAUGGCUUAAAGUGGGAUGGUAUAAUUUCAAAGACGCACGGGACGACACGCGCUGCACUCCUGCUGGACUGACCAUAAACCCACGUGCCUCGGUUUCAAAGGCGACCAAACUAAUUGGAGUCUAAGGAGAUAUUAGUAUUAAUAACAGUGGGUCUGGUGGUGGGACUUUUUUUUUUCUUGGGGAAAAUGCCUGGUGCGCUCCUGAUGAUGAUGAUGAUUGCGCUCUCGCUCCUCUUGGUCGGUCCGCUCUUCUUGGCCAUCGACGCGUUCAGCGACGACGAAGAGGAGAUGACCUGCGACCCGAUCCGCAUCAGCAUGUGCCAGGGUCUGGGCUACAACGUCACCAAGAUGCCCAACCUGGUGGGGAACGUUCUGCAGACGGACGCCGAGCUGCAGCUGACCACGUUCACGCCGCUCAUCCAGUACGGCUGCUCCAGCCAGCUCAAGUUCUUCCUUUGCUCCGUUUAUGUGCCAAUGUGCACGGAUAAGGUCCCCAUCCCCAUUGGGCCGUGUAAGAGCAUGUGUUUGUCCGUCAAGAGAAAAUGCCUUCCUGUUCUCCAUGAGUUUGGCUUCAUAUGGCCUGAGGAGCUCAACUGCAGCCUCUUCCCACCUCUAAAUGACCACAACCACAUGUGCAUGGAGGGUCCAGGUGAUGAAGACCCCCCCUACCAACCUGUUCGCCACCCUCCCCAACAGGAGGAGUGUCAGGCACUGGGCUCUGCACCUGAACAGUACACUUGGCUCAAACAGACUGAAACUUGCGCCCUCCAAUGCGGAUAUGACAGUGGGCUGUACCGACGGGGGGGAAAGGUCUUCACGGACGCCUGGAUGGCCGUGUGGGCCGUGCUGUGCUUCCUGUCAACCACUCUGACUGUCCUGACCUUCCUCCUGGACUCGCAGCGUUUCUCAUACCCCGAAAGGCCGAUCAUCUUUCUUUCAAUGUGCUGCAAUCUGUACAGUGUUGCUUACCUGGUACGGUUGACUCUUGGAAGAGAGCGAGUUUCCUGUGACUUGGAUGCCACUGCCGUUCCGAUUCUGGUCCAGGAAGGAUUAAAAAGCACCGGCUGUGCCAUAGUCUUCCUUCUCCUUUAUUUCUUUGGCAUGGCUUCUUCGCUAUGGUGGGUGAUCCUAACCCUCACCUGGUUUUUGGCAGCUGGGUUGAAAUGGGGCCAUGAGGCGAUUGAAAUGCACAGCUCCUACUUCCACAUCGCGGCCUGGGCCAUCCCAGCUGUUAAAACCAUUGUUAUCUUAAUAAUGAGGCUGGUGGACGCUGAUGACCUCACUGGGCUGUGUUACGUCGGUAACCAGCAACAAGAGGCCCUCACAGGCUUUGUGGUUGCACCAUUAGCGACAUACCUUCUUAUAGGGACAUUGUUCAUCUGCGCAGGCCUGGUGGCUCUUUUCAAGAUCCGAUCUAAUCUGCAGAAGGAUGGAGCCAAAACCGACAAACUGGAGCGUCUAAUGGUGAAGAUCGGCGUGUUCUCUGUUCUUUAUACCGUUCCUGCUUCCACAGUCAUUGGCUGUUACCUCUACCAGCUCUCUAACUGGGAGGAGUUCAAGACCAACCCCAGGGACUCAUACGUAGCAUCGGAGAUGCUUCGGAUCUUCAUGUCGCUGCUGGUGGGCAUCACGUCAGGGAUGUGGAUAUGGUCCGCGAAAACCCUCCACACCUGGCAGCGCUGCUCUGCCCGGCUGCUGAGGGACAGCCGGGCGAGCCGAGUCGGCAAGAGGGCGCCGGGUGAGAGCUGGAUCAAACCAGGGAAAGGCAACGAGACAGUGGUGUGAGGAAAUGGGGAACACGGACAGGAAAUACAUUCUGCAUCGUUUCUCCUCAUACAGACACUUGCCCUGCUAAAUGAAGGACGAAGAAAGUCAGCGGGCGGGUUAGGAAGGGGACAGAGGAUCAUAGCCAGACCUUUUCAAAGAAGCCACUGGAUAUGCCAUCGCAUGAACUCCCUGCCUCAAAUAGGAGCUAUGAAGGAGAAAAUAAGAAGACUGAGUCAUACAUUUUGUUGCAAGAGUAGCCUCCCUACCUCUCAUUAGAUCACUGUUGCAUAGAGAGUUGGGAAAAAAUA